AACUUUCCUAACCAGGAAGUAAAUUGUAGCGACACCUGUUGGAUGUGACGUCAUUUCCGCAUUUUUAAAAAACACGUCAGCUGGAUUUCCCUUUUAGUUUCUCACUUUAUCGUAGUUGCUAAUUAGAAUCACCAUAAUGGAUGAUGCGGACGACGGAGUUGAAAUUGAGGUUGAAGAGGAUACCAAUCAUCCGCAUGUUCUGGAAAAUCAGACCCCAAAUAUCAUACUUGAAUAUUACGGAAUAGCAAUCCGGUUCCUUCAACAAUAUGGCUGGUUUGUGUUGCUAGGCAUCAUAUUGCUACUGUUCCUGAAGAGUAAGCUCCAAGUGUACUUUGAUCAAUGGUUGACAAGGAGGAAAGAAGAACAGGAAUAUGCUGAGCAUCAUAAAAAUCCAGAUAGGAACAUGGCAAAAAUGGCAGCCAUGGAACGAUCAAGACAAAAGAUGCAGGAAAAAUUAGACAGAGAAGCAGCUUUAUAUGCAGAGAAACAAAAAGAAAGAGAAGAGGAAGAGAGGGCUAAAAAAAUUAAAGAUUGGGAGAAUCAUCAACAAGGAAAGGGCUACAGAUCCAAGUAUAAACCUCCAGAUCAACAGCCCAAGCCUAGCUCAAGUGACAGUAGUAAACCCAAGCCUAAAUUUACUUACAGACAAAACGAUUUUAACCCUCUUACGGGGCAGAGUAGCAGUGGAAGUUCAUUCCGUCCUAGUAGGAGAAUGGGUGGAGGUGGAGGAGGAUGAGGUUAAUAACUGUGUACAUAGUAGCCUGCUGUCGUCUGCUUUGUCCUCAAUAGGUGUCACCCUUGACUAUUUCUAAAUAUGGUCAUCAAAAAUUCAUUAGUCAAUUUGAAUAUAUGCUUCUUAAUUUAUACCUAUGUAUAUAUGAAUGCGACUAAAACUAUUAUUAGUAUUUAAUUGAGUUGGGAUGCUUUGAAAUGAAAAUAGUUCAGUAUCAUGUUUUAAUGAAAGCAGAGACAGAUGUGGCCUUUGUACACAG